ACGUGCAGUCGCUCGGCGGGACAUGGAGGCGGGCGGCGGGGCCGGGGCCCGGAGCCCCGGGCGGCUCCUGCUGCUGCUGCUGGCGGCGGCGGCGGCGGCGCUGGGAGGCGAAGCGGGGCCGGAGGAGCCGCGCCCGGCGCGGCAGCGCGGCGAGGAGCAGUGCCAUUACUACGCGGGAGGGCAGGUGUACCCCGGGGAGGCGGCCCGGCUGCCCGUGUCCGACCACUCGCUGCACCUCAGCCAGGCCAAGAUCUCCAAGCCAGCACCUUACUGGGAGGGAACAGCAGUCAUCAAUGGAGAGUUUAAAGAGCUGAAAUUAACAGAUUAUGAAGGAAAAUAUCUUGUCUUCUUCUUCUAUCCUCUUGACUUUACGUUUGUCUGUCCAACUGAGAUAAUCGCCUUCAGUGACAGAAUUGAAGAAUUCAGAGCAAUAAAUACUGAAGUAGUAGCAUGUUCUGUGGACUCAAAAUUCACUCACUUAGCAUGGAUUAAUACUCCUCGAAAACAAGGAGGACUCGGACCAAUGAAGAUUCCCCUUCUUUCAGAUUUGACACAUCAGAUUUCAAAGGAUUAUGGAGUGUAUCUGGAAGAUCAAGGACAUACACUUAGAGGCCUUUUCAUUAUUGACAACAAGAGAAUCCUUCGACAGAUCACAAUGAAUGACCUUCCUGUUGGAAGAUCAGUGGAUGAAACACUUCGUUUGGUACAAGCAUUCCAGUACACAGACAAACAUGGAGAAGUUUGCCCUGCUGGUUGGAAACCUGGCAGUGAAACAAUUAAACCAGAGGAAGCCAUGAGAGUGUGGUGGCCAAGGGAAGAACUAUAAUUCCAGAUCCAGCUGGAAAACUGAAGUAUUUUGAUAAACUGAACUGAGGCUUGCUUCUGUUGAAUUACAUAGGUCACAUUCAACUUGAUUUUUGCCAAUAAAAUUUCAUUAAUUUUGGUA